AUGUCCGGCUCCAUCCUUGUUACCGGCGGCACCGCCGGUCUAGGCUUUCACUGCGCCGUCGCUCUCGCACGCCAAUACCCCAACCACCAGAUCACCGUCGCCUCCCGCAGUGACACCCAAGAUGCCGCAGGUACCAUAAACCGCAUGACUGGGCAAAAGAACGUGCAGUACCUGCCCCUCGACCUCUCCAGUCUAUCUCAAGUCCGGCUCUUUGUCAAGAAAUGGACCGAAGCCAAUCAACCGCCCAUCACGCACCUGCUCUUCAAUGCAGGACUCCAGUUCCCCCGCGAAGUUAGCUACACGGACGAUGGCUAUGAAAAAACCUUUGCGGUUAAUCAUCUUGGUCAUGCCCUUCUCUUCUCUCUCCUGAUCCCGCAUCUCGCCCAGACAGCUCGGAUCAUCGCUACAGCUAGCGGGACUCAUGACCCCGCGCAGAAAACAGGUAUGCCUGACGCGAAGUACACCUCGGCCGAGGAACUCGCUCGUCCGACGGGCCAGGCACUUAACAACGAGGGUCGCCAGCGCUACACGACCAGCAAGCUGCUAAACGUACUCUGGACAUAUGCGCUCGAGCGUCGCCUCGCCGAUCUCCGCAGCGACCCUAAUCAACCACGGAACUGGACCGUCGCUGCCUUUGACCCGGGUUUGGUCCCCGGCACCGGCCUCGCUCGUGAUGCGGGCGGAUUGAUGAAGUUCAUGUGGCUGCGUGUUCUCCCAAAGCUUCUUCCUUUGCUGAGGGCUCUGGUGUCGCCGAAUAUCCAUUCUGCCGAGGAGUCCGGGCAGAGCCUCGCUUGGCUGGCGGCGGAUGCACAGGUGGCUGCGAAGAGUGGGCUGUACUAUGAGGGGCGCAAGGAGAUUAAGUCUAGUACGGAGAGUUAUGAGGAGAAGAAGCAGGAGGAUCUGUGGGAGUGGACUGUGAAGCAUAUUGCUGAGGGGCCUGAGGACGUUGCGUUGUUUGAGUUGAAGAGUUUGGCUUGA